AUUUUCCGAUCUCUGUAAGGCUUGGGGGUCGGUGGGCAAAAAGAAGAGAAAAAGGGUUUUUCAUUUAAACCCUAAAUCUGACCACCUUUAAACCCUAGAAUCUCCAUCUUCAUUGCUGAAUCGACCCAGCAGGUUGGGUUGAUUUGAAAGAUUGGAAGGGGUUGGGAACAAAAUUUUCAUCUUUGUCAGUGAAAUUUUGUGAGAAUGGAUGCAAGGGAAGCUACGAGGUUAGCUUCAUCUGAACCUCCAGGGAUGAUGGUAGGUCCCAACCCUUAUGGGAUGAGCUUGCACCCCACUUCAAUGCUUAGUCCCAGCUCUGCAGGGAUAAUGCAGAACCUUCGACUACCAUAUAAUCAGGUUGUAACUUCUGUGUCGAGGCCUUCUGAACCUUCAAACUCUGCUGGGUUUCAUAUCGAGGGCUUGAGACCAUGUGGGUUUACCAUGAGCGAGCCUGCAAAGAAGAAAAGAGGAAGACCCAGGAAGUACGGUCCUGAUGGGAGUAUGGCAUUGGCAUUGGCUCCUUUCUCUUCUCCGGUUUCUGGACAAUCCAACAACAACAGCAACAACAACAACAACAACACCCACCAUAAUGGGAGCAGCACCCCAUUGUCUGAGCCUCCCUAUAAGCGGAACAGAGGGCGGCCGAAGGGUUCCGGCAAGAAGCAGCAGCUGGAUGCUUUGGGGGCCCCUGGUGUUGGUUUUACUCCCCACAUUAUCACUGUUAAAGCUGGCGAGGUAUGUUAAUUUUACCCAUCAAGAG